AUGCCUCAGAAGACAUCCUCGCUCAAGACUUAUUUUGACGAGCUAGAAGAGACCAACGGCGAUGACGAAUGCAAGGCCUGGUUAAGCAGAGCUUUUGACUCCAAGGCUGAACUGGCAGUUUUUAUCGCUGGGCGGCGGGAAGGAGGGGGAACCGGAAAAUACGUUGGUUUUCUGAAGGGAUCCUUCAACAUUAGCUUCCGCUUCAGCUUCGACGAUGGACAGCCGGAUGUCAUUAUUCGGUUUCCGAAGCCCGGCCACACGGCUACAGCUUACAGGGACGAAAAAACUGUGAAUGAGGUCCAGAUCAUGGAAUACCUCCGCCAAAACACUGACAUCCCCAUUCCUCGUGUUCACAGCUGGGGCUUACUUGCCGAGAGUCCACAGCACCUUGGUCCAUUCAUCAUCAUGGAUUAUGUCAAUGGUACACUUUUAUCAACUAUCUUGAAACAACCUGAUCAAGACGGUAUGGUUCUGAGCCCGAAUAUCGGCAACACCACAUUGGACAAGAUCUAUUAUCAAAUCGCCUAUUAUAUGGUCCAGCUUUCUCAACUUUCGUUUGCUAGUAUCGGGGCCAUCUCGAAGGACGAUACUUCAAGCGCAUGGCACGUUGCCGGAAGGCCCCUAACGUACAACAUGAACGAAUUAGCCACUGUCGCCGGCUACCCUGAUGAUCAAUUUCCAACCGCACCGUUUGACCGUGCAAGCGAUUAUCUGAGAUCGGUAGCGAACCAGCACUUGAUCCACCUUUGGACCCAGCGCAACCUUGCCGACGAUGCGGAAAUCGCUCAGGAGCGGUUCAUUGCCCGUCAUCGGUUCGCACAGCUGAUAUCAAAGUAUUAUCCCGAAGACUGCAAUCUAUUUAUACCCUUCUGCGACGACAUGCGACCCUCAAACAUGCUCAUAGACCCAGAAACACUCCAGAUCACUGCCGUUCUCGACUUCGAGUUUACGAAUGCCAUGCCAGCUGAGUUCACGUAUGACCCGCCCUGGUGGCUAUUGCUCUCUGGGCCGGAAAUGUGGCUUGAGCGCUGCGCGAUGGAUGAAUUUGUGACUCUCUAUGAGCCUAGAAUGGAGCAAUUCUUGCGAGCUUUAGAGCGAGUGGAAACUGAAAUGGCAUUAGAGGUCAAACAACCCGGUGGAUCGUCUCUCUCUACCCGGAUGCGCGAUUCAUGGAGGACUGGGCGGUUUUGGUUCGACUAUGCGGCAAGAAAGAGCUUUGAUGUAGACACCAUCUAUUGGGCUGCAUUACAUACCGACGGUGCGGGUGUUGAGUUGCUUGAUGAUAAGGCGCGCGCAGAGAUGGAGCCAUUUACGCAGAUUAAGAUGGAGCAGUUGAAGGCAUAUAAGGAGGAGUGUACUGCUCGUUUUUCCUCGGAGAUGUAG